AUCAAUUAUAUGAAUAAUAAUAUCUUUUGCACAUUCCGGCGAGCGAGAGAGCGAAAAUGGCCUCCUUGUCUCCGUCGUCGUCGUCUCUCCUCAGAAACCUCAUUCUGACGCCUUCUCCUCAUCCCUUUUCCCGGCCAAUCUUUGUGGGCGGCUCACGGAGGAGGCAUCUGGUGCAGAGACUCAGCGCGCUCAGGGAAUGGAGGGAGUACGAAGACGCUGUCAAGAGAAAAGAUCUGGCCGGGGCUCUCAGAUUCCUCAAAACCGUCCAAGUCAUCGAUAAACAGGCAGCUGAAUCCAUAUAUAUUGCGGCGGCACCGGCUCUUGAUUGGGAGGUGUUGGAUGCGUGUUUGAAUGCAGAUGAUAUGAGACUGGUUGGGAGUGCUUUUAGGUUUCUCAAGGACAGAGGUCUACUCCCCAACUUCGCCAAGUUUUCCAAUAUUGUUCUGGAGGGCCCAAGAGAAGUCACACCUACUGUCCUCAAGUCUGCAACUGGCUUGGAAGUGAAUAAACUUGCACCCAAGAAGUGGGGUCUCUCUGAUAGCUCCAGCAUUGCUCUCGCUGCUUUUCUCGGUGGAGUCUCCUAUCUUCUUUCUCAGGACAUUGAUCUCCGCCCUAACCUUGCUGCCAUUUUGGGUCUUGCUUUUUUGGAUUCCCUUCUUCUCGGUGGUACCUGCUUUGCCCAAAUCUCAUGCUUCUGGCCUCCCCAUAAGCGUCGUGUCAUUGUUCACGAAGCUGGUCAUCUUCUUGUUGCUUCUCUGUGCUGUGGUGCAGCAUACCUCAUGGGCUGCCCUAUCCGUGGUGUCAUUUUGGAUCCCAUUGUUGCCAUGCAAAUGGGAGUUCAGGGACAGGCUGGAACCCAGUUCUGGGAUCAAAAGAUGGAGAGUGAGAUUGCUGAGGGGCGGCUUAGCGGUAGCUCAUUUGAUAGGUAUAGCAUGGUUCUUUUUGCUGGUAUUGCAGCUGAAGCACUUGUUUAUGGUGAGGCUGAGGGUGGGGAGAAUGAUGAAAAUCUCUUCAGGAGCAUCUCAGUUCUUCUCGAACCACCAUUAUCCGUAGCUCAGAUGUCGAAUCAAGCCAGGUGGUCUGUCCUACAAUCUUACAAUCUGCUCAAGUGGCACAAGGCGGCACAUCGGGCCGCUGUUGAAGCUUUGCAAGUGGGAAGUCCUCUUAGCGUUGUGAUACGAAGGAUUGAGGAAGCCAUGUCUCCAAGCAGGUGACUGCAGCUCAAUUACUCUCAUAAGGACGGCACCAUAAUUUGGAAUUUAUCGAGACAGAAGCAGAUAAAUUCAGAAAUAAACUACCUGGCUGCAACCGGAAUGGCGACAAAGAUGUUGUAUUUUUGGAUCCAUGUUCAAGUAAGUUAAGUUUUUAUCCACUGAGGGAGAUGUUGAGGACGUGAUAAUGGCAGUUCUCUUGCCUUAUUCACAUGUUCAAGCAAGCUUUUGAUAGCUUCAAGAAAUUGGUUAUAGAUUAACAAUCACUUGAAAACUGUGUAGUUAGUUGCAUUAUUGUAUCUAAACAUAAAGUGUGCUAAUACAAGCAGGGACCUCUAUUAUUCUUGUUGUUGCUUUUAUUUAAUUUUGAGAAAGGAAACUUGCAUUGCUGUCUGUUUAAUCUAAGUUCAGUCAAACGAUUAUUUAUAUGUUUUGUGGGUGUUAACGAAGACGUUUUAUUUAAGUUA